AUGUCAACCAUCUCACCGAAAAAGAAGAUCCCGUACCACCACCAUCAUGUCAUGCGACACAAGCCUCAAACGAUACCUACCCGGGAGCCGGCCCUGAUCGAACAAGAGGUGGUGGACAAGCUACUGGCAAACUGUAUACGGACGAUUUGCCAAGAAGAAGCGCUCAAGCAGGACAUCAGGAACCCGGGCAUCCAAACGGCUGUGUUAGAGUCCCUGGUCGCCAUGGUGGAUGAAUUCAUGCUGAAAUUCCUGUCCAAAGUGCGGCGGUCGAUGCUCGCAGCCCGCCGAAUAUCUCCCAUCGCGACUGAUUUCGAAACCGCGAUCGAUGUCCUCGACGUUCCCCGGCCAGACGACCAACUUCAACCCUAUAGUACCCAGCCGCAGAUCAAUCCCCCUCUAUACCCGACCCCUCCUCCCGAAGACGAAUUCCACAACCUCGUCGAACUCCCGGUCUCGUUCUUGGGCCCCGAGCUGGACGGUCAUGGCGAGCUGAAGAAAUUCUCCUUCACCACGAAAGGACUCCCCGAGUUGCCCUCGGCGCAUACCUACAAAGACACACCCGUUUACCCGCAGAGAGAAUCCGACACGCGCAAGAUCAGAGAGCUGGCAACCCACGAGGGGAAGCUGGGCGAGCAGGCGUUGCGCAAGUUGGCCGGGGCCGUGAAGUUAGAUGCCGCGCAUACACUCGAGACGGAGGCGUCGUUGACCAAGCAGAAGGCCCCAGCGCCGCGGCAGCAACGCCGAAAACGAUGGAAGACCGGUGUCAGUUUGGCAGAGGAGGCGGUCUUCGAAGAGACGGUGCGCGACUUGCUGGCCCAAGAGCCGGGCGGGUUCGAGUUGGGACCGAUCGUGACUUGCGAGAAGGCGUACCGCAUGCCAGACGACGUCGCGGUGAAGAGGAAAGCACCCACUGCCCACGGCGGCGGUAGUUACUCCAUCCAGAACGGAGAGGAUAUUGCGAUGGAGCUUUGA